CGUUUUUCCUGCAAUUGCUUAACAUUGAUUCACUGAACAACACAGUAUCACUCGAUAAUCGACAACAAAAACGAUGACGUAUUUGGUCGGAGCAUGAAGUUAUCCUUUUGAUUUUCCUGCGAAUUUCUCCACUGAUUAAAAAGCUUCAGUUCAAUUCAACAAUGCUUCAAUAGUGUAUCUUUUGAAUCCAUUCAUUCCAUGGAAAUUCUCAUCUCUUCAACCUCCAAAACCAUUCCAUUCCCAUUUUUCUGCAACCCCAAAUUCUCAUCUAACUGUAACAAACCAUUUCACAGAAACCAUUUCUCUUUCUAUCUAACAACUUCCACUUCAAGAAAGUUUCAAACUUGGGCCCAUUUCGGACGACCCACCAACCGCAGGAAUUCUCUGAGGAACAAGCUUCUUCAGGAUAACCAGGUACGCCUCAAUCCAAUUCCCAAUGACCCAUCUUCUGUUUCUAGUAAUGAUGUAGCAGAGAGUGAUGUAAGCUUUCAAAGAGCGUCUUUUGAUGGUGAUAGUUUAGUUGAAUUGGAAAAACAAAAAUCUAAGCUUUUAGGGGAAUCUGUUUUGUUGAAUAAAUUGGAGAAUUGGGUUGAUCAGUAUAGUAAAGAUAUUGAGUUUUGGGGUAUUGGGUCUGCUCCUAUAUUUACUAUUUAUGAAGAUUCAUUAGGAGGUGUUACAAGGGUUUUAGUUGAUGAAGAAGAGAUUUUGAAAAGAGUUAGGGUUCAGAAAGGUGGAAAUGAAAUUGAGGAUUUAUCUCAAGGGAAGAGUAAGAUUUUGGAGGCUAAGAAGCUAGCGAGGGAUAUGGAGAGUGGUGAUAAUGUGAUUGCAAGGAAUAGUUCUGUGGCUAAGUUUGUUCUUCAAGGUAAGGAGGAGGAUGAGAAGGAGGAGGAGGGUGGUUUUGUUAAGGCUGUUCGUGGCUUUGUUGUUCAACCUCGGUUGCCUUCGAAGCUUUCUGGGGUUGGUGGCAAAGUGUUGAUUGUUUUGGUGGUAAUGUUUGCGGUGAAGAAGUUGUUUAGUUUUGGAGAUAAAGAGAUUCGGUAUACAGAAGCAGAGAAGAAAAUUAUGAUGAGGAAGGUAAAGGCUAGAAAGGAGAAAGAGAUGUUGACGAAGGGUGCUGUUGAAGUUAUUCUUGAAUCUACGGAGAAACCGGUGAUAGGUGUUAAAAAGCCAAAGUUAGAUAAGGAACAGCUUAAGAACAAUAUUCUUAAAGCUAAGGCUUCUUCUGAUAAACUUGUAGUUCAGAAUUCGUCUGAUGAAGUGAGAACUGGAUCGAUUGAUAUGGACUAUAAAGUUCGAGAGAUUAGAGAAAUGGCUAGGCGAGCACGGGAAAUUGAAGGAAGAUAUCGCUCUCUUGUUAGUAAGGAUGUGGAAACGGAUGAUCCUGUCAGUGGGAAAUCCUCCGAUGAGAGUGAAGAUGUUAAAAAGAAUAGCGAACAAGAUAACAGUUUAAGUAAUCAUCAAAAUGAAGUUGCCACGAAUACAACAGAUAGUAAUGGAGUUUUGCAGACGAUUUCUGAUGAUGUCACGGAGAACAGUGAAAAUUCAAUCCUGCAUGAGGUAGUUCGUGAUGAUAGAGAAAUCAAUGAAGGGGAAAUAAAAAUCAAUGGAAAUGCUAUGGCCUUCGAGAACAGCAAAAGCAAUAAAUCCUUACGUACUCCGAUUAAUGGCUCAUUUAUAACUAAUAAAAGUUCAGAGAACAAGAAACCGAGGAUCAUACGGUCUGUUAAGGAAGCUAAGGAUUAUCUUUCAACGAAACAUGACAAACAAAAUCCUUAUACAAAAUCUCCAAUAAAAAUCGAGAAAGAAAAUAUUGCUGAUUCAAAGCCUUCCAAAUAUGUUGAUUUUAACGACCAGAAGUCGCAAAAUUUGGAGAUGAAUAAUACAAUUGUGUCCAGAAGUGACACAUUAAACGGAUUUCCGCAUUCCAAGCCUGAAAUAAAUGCCAGUGAAGAUUCUAAUCAGAAGGGAAGAGAAAAGAGCCCGGCAGAGAACGAUUGCUCGGAAGAUUCUGGUAUUGAACCUGGAUUUGAAGAUCUUCAAAAGUCCGAUACCACUUUAGACCAUGAAAUUAACGGCAUUGGUACAGAAGGAAAGGGAAAAGAUCAUGACAGGGAAAGAUUGCCAUAUUCUAAGCCUGACAUAAAUGCCAGUGAAGAUUCUAAUCUGAAGGAAAGGGAAAAGAGCCCAGAAAAGAGUGAGUGCUCGGAAGAUUCCGGUAUUGAACCUGGAUUGGAAGACCUUCAAAAGUCCAAGACCAAUAUAGAUCGUGAAAUCAACGGUAUUGGUACAGAGACAUGUCUAUCGAUGGAGAAAAGCUUCCAUGAAAUUGAGCCAGCAAUUGAUACUUUAAAUAUGAUAUCAGAUUCUACGCUAAAUCCAAAUGAAGAUUCUGAUGAGAAGGAUAACAAAUUCACCCAAACAGAGAUUGACAACAUCAAAGACUCUGAUGUUGAACCUUCUAUUGAACAUAGAUUGGAAGAACUUCAAAAGUAUGAAACCACUUUAGACCUUGAAGUUAAUGGCACUGGUAAAGAGGCAAGUCUAUCGGUGGACAAAAGCUCCCAUGAAGUUGAGCCGGCAAUUGAACAAAAUAGAAGUGAUACUUUAAAUAUGAUAUCAGAUUCUAGGCCUGACCUAAAUCCGAGUGAAGAUUCUGAUGAGAAGGAUAAUAAAUUCAGCCAAACAAAGAUUGACAACAUUGAAGACUCUGAUGUUGAACCUGGAAUGGGAAAUCCUCAAAAUUGUGAGACUACUUCGGGCGAUGAAAUUAAUGGUGAUAGACGCGAGAAAAGAUUUUCUGGAAAGACAGAAAAUUGGCUGGAGAGAAAUUUCCAUGAAGUUGAGCCUAUAAUUAAGCAAAUUAGAGCUGGAUUUCGAGAUAACUACGCAGUUGCUAAAGAAAGAGUUGAUCAAACUUUGGAUAUACCAACUGAGAUGGAGUCACUUGGAAUUGGUGAAGAUGACGGAGAACUUGACUGGAUGCAGAAUGAACAUCUUAGGGACAUUGUGUUUAGAGUCCGUGACAAUGAAUUGUGUGGACGAGAACCAUUUCAUUUGAUGAAUGACCAAGAUAAAGAAGCUUUCUUCGAAGGUCUUGAGAAAAUAGUGGUGAAAGAAAACAAAAAACUUUCUCACCUCCAUGAAUGGCUCCAUUCAAAUAUCGAAAAUCUUGAUUACGGAGCAGAUGGCAUUAGUAUAUAUGAUUCACCUGAAAAAAUGAUACCGCGUUGGAAAGGACCUUCUGCCGAGAAAAUUCCCGAGUCCCUAAAUGAAUUCCUCGAGAAAAAAAGAAAGACAACUUCCUCCAAAAACUUGAACCCGGUGAAGAAGGAUGAGAAGGACUCUACAAAAAAUUCAGCUGAUUCAUCAUCCAAAGUAAAGGCUAAUGGUUCUAUAGCACCGAUUAAGAAGUCAAAAACACCAAAGACUAUUGUUGAAGGAAGUGACGGUUCUGUUAAAGCUGGCAAAAAAUCAGGGAAGGAAUAUUGGCAGCACACAAAGAAAUGGUCCCAGGAUUUUUUGGAGUGUUACAAUACUGAGACAGACCCAGAAGUUAAGUCCGUAAUGAAGGAUAUCGGUAAGGAUUUGGAUCGAUGGAUCACUGAAAAAGAAGUCGAGGAUGCAGCUGAUCUGAUGAAGAGAUUGCCUGAUAAGAAUAGGAGUUUCGUGGAAAAGAAACUCAACAAACUUAAAAGAGAGAUGGAGUUGUUCGGACCGCAAGCAGUGGUUAGCAAAUAUCGUGAAUAUACAGACGACGUAGAAGAAGAUUACUUAUGGUGGUUAGACCUUCCAUAUGUACUGUGCAUCGAGGUAUACACAGUUGAAGAUGAAGAACAAAGAAUCGGAUUUUAUUCAUUGGAGAUGGCUCCCGAUCUUGAAUUGGAGCCUAAACCAUGUCACGUGAUUGCUUUCCAAGAUCCCGGUGACUGCAAAAACCUUUGUUACAUAAUUCAAACACAUAUGGAAAUGCUUGGAAGUGGCAAUGCUUUCGUUGUUGCACGACCUCCUAAGGAUGCUUUUCGAGAUGCUAAAGAAGGCGGUUUUGGUGUUACUGUCAUCAAGAAAGGUGAAAUUCAGCUUAAUAUAGACCAACCACUAGAAGAAGUGGAGGAACAGAUUACAGAGAUUGGAAGCAAAAUGUAUCAUGAUAGGGUGAUGAAAGAUCGAUCCGUGGAUAUAAACUCGAUAAUGAAGGGUGUGUUUGGUGUUAAUGGCUCCACCAAGAGGUUAAAGCGGAAGUUGAAGUAAUUUGGAAGGGUUGGCUCAAACUAGUUUCACAAAUGAAAAUGGUUGAAGAAAAUUAUGGCAUGCAUGCAUUGUAGAAUAAGUUAAUAUCUUUUGUAGUUUUUUCUUUAAAAUGAUUAGGGUUGGUUGUACAUGAUUGAGAAAAAUAUAGUCAAAUUAUAAUAGUUGAUGAUGAUAACUUGAUGGCAUAGUGAGAAUUUUUUCAUCAAGAAUGUUGUUUAGUUUAAGGGAUUAGUAAUGAAAAUGAGUUAUUCUUUCGGCUUAUAUUG